AGGAAACCGAUGAUGACGCAGUUAGAAAGCGCCGAAUCGCUAGCAGUUGAACUAACAGGUAUUAUAGAGUUUUGACAGAUUCUUCUGAUUUGUGCUGAUGUUGGCGCGUGCCAGAUGGUCCAGAAGCCAGCCCGGCUCUGCUUAGUGCUCCUUCUUCACCUGUGUGAACCAUCAUGGCGGAGGAGGAAGGCAUUGUGACAGAGCAGAUGGAAGAGGCUUCGGGUGGACUGUGCUGGCUGUCAGUGCUGUCCUGUCUUCUGCUUGCCUGCUGCUAUGUUGGCAGUUUGUAUGUCUGGAGGAGCGACCUGCCCAGGGAUCAUCCUGCAGUGAUAAAGAGGCGCUUCACCAGCGUCCUGAUCGUGUCGGGCCUGUCGCCUCUCUUUGUUUGGGCAUGGAGAGAAUUCACAUCAGUCAAGACUGUCUCACCAUUGCUGGCCCUCUUGGGGAUUCGCCUUGAAGGUUUUAUUCCUGCGAUUGUUCUUCCUCUACUGCUGACUAUGGUCCUGUUUCUGGGCCCACUAAUGCAGCUGUCCAUGGACAGUCCCUGGAGCUUCACAGACGGUGUUCGUGUGGUACUUGACCCGUGCUUCUGGACGCUGUGCCUCAGCGACAUGCGCUGGUUGAGGAAUCAGGUGGUGGCACCACUGACUGAAGAGUUGGUGUUCAGGGCCUGCAUGUUGCCCAUGCUGGUGCCGUGUGCCGGUCCUUCCACUGCCAUCUUCACCUGCCCUCUGUUUUUUGGAGUGGCUCAUUUUCACCAUGUCAUAGAGCUGCUGAGGUUCAGACAGGGCACGCUGUCAGGAAUUUUCUUCUCAGCAGUUUUUCAGUUCUCCUACACAGCAGUGUUUGGAGCUUACACUGCAUUCAUCUUUAUCAGAACAGGUCAUCUGAUUGGUCCGGUUCUCUGUCACUCCUUUUGUAACUACAUGGGUUUCCCAGCCAUCAGCACUGCACUGGAGCACCCCCAACGCCUCGCCAUUUUAUCAUCCUACCUGAUGGGAGUUCUUCUCUUUUUCAUGUUGCUCUUUCCUUUAACAAGCCCUUCCUACUAUGGCGUCCCCACUCCAGUCUGUUCCCUCACCUCGUCCCCCAGCUCGCUCUGUUUUUCCUGACCCCCUUUCUCUGCCUACACAGGCUUAUCUGCUUUUGUCCUGUUGCUGUACAAUAUUUAGGCAAUCAAGGGGUUGGUUGUGUUUUAACGGUAAACUGGCGCUGAUGUCCUUUACAAAUUGAUUGGAUAGUGCUGACAAGUUUGGGGGGUUAUAAUGAGCCAAAUUUCUAAGUAAUCAUUAUUUAUGGUUUCCUUUAUACGUCGUGAACUAGUGAAAGACGUUCACAUCUCAGAAUAUGUUGAAACCGAGGUUAAUGCUCCGGGGAACGUUCUGUUCCUUCACUGACCUGAUGACCGGAACACAAAUCAUCUUCACGACUCAAUGUUUGUGGAACCACAUAAAAAACCAUGAGUCAAACUUAGUAAAGGCUUAUUUGGUGAAAUGUUUCAGUUUUUCCUUUUAUUAUGCAGCUUUCAUGUCUGUGAGGUAAUCAGACACUUUAUUUUGCUGUUAUCUUGAUUUGUUGGGACAACCAAACAAAUGGUGAUGACUGGGUUUGGCCUUCAUCCCUGCUGUAUGAGUCGGGUCGUAGGAGGAUCUAAAGCAGGUCCAGGUUUUGUUGGCUGAUCCAGAAUUCAUGCUUCUUGUUAUGAGCUACACUUUCCCUUUUGACUGCAUCUUCAGCAGGGUUUCUGUUAUCUCUGGCUGUGUGAACCUUCUGGAAGAAUCAAUACUGCUGCAGCUGCACUGAAGUACAGGAACAGAAAUUCUGUCAUUACUAAUAUAUUCUGAAAGAUAUCUAGUUUAUUUUUAUAUUCACGGUUAGAUUUUUAGCAUCAAGUUUUUUGCCACUUUCUUUUAAAGCGGAGGCUCAAUCUUUAAUAUGUCCUAAGUUUAGUCAUAUUCAAUCAAUUUUAAUAUUAUUGAAGAGUUCAUUUAUUUCAAUAACUCAAUUGGGGAAAGCGCAAAAUAUAGAUUUCAUUUCUGUUAAUUGUGAUUAUAUUUCACUUACAGUUAAUGAAAACGUGACAUUUAAGAUUGGAAUAUUUAAUUGGAUCAAUAAAAGUUCAUUUUAAUUCAGAAAUGUGAGCUUCAAAAAAAUGUCUGUUUAAAGCUGCAGUGUGUAACAAAAUGUUUUUGUUUUUUUUUUGCGUAUUUAUUAAAGCUGUCAUCAUGCUGUGACAGUACAGUAUCAGACAGAUAAUCUGUGAAAAGAUUGAGCUCUGUCUCCUCCUCCCACUGCUUCUCUUGCCAUCUGAAGAAAUGCACCAAAAACAACCAAUCAGAGCCAGGAGGAGGGGCUUAGUGAUGUCAGUCUUGCUCGAAUACGUGCUGCUAAAAUGUACUAAUGGCGGAAAAAUAACUUGCCAUCCCAGAAAAGUUGUUUAUUUCCCCUAUGGCAGCAGCGGGGAAAUGAGCGAUGUGUACAUGAGCAUAAAUAACAGCGCUAAGACCCUCCUCCAAGCUCUGAUUGGUUGCUUCUUGUUAGCACUUGAAGAAGGCAGAGGAGUUAGAUUUCUUUUCACACAUUAUGUGACUCAUAUUGUCACAAGAUGGUGACAGUUUCAACAAAUAUAACUGAGGUUACAUACUGCAGCUUUAACUUCUGCUUCCAGUUUCAAAAGGUACUUAUGACUAUAUAGUUAUCUGACUAUAUGCAUUUUAAGUGGCAGUAGUUGAGUCAUUUUGCUGAUGAACAUGGGCGAUUGGAUGGUUCCAGUCAUUUAUCUCUGCAUGUUUCGUCUUUAGACGCAUACAGAACCAUUCAGUGGCUAAGCUAGUUAUCUCCAUGCACAACAAGUUGCCACAUAGUUUCAGAAUCUCUGCUUUUUCUUUGUCUGGUUUUCAUCUGCAGUAUGGAUAGAACUCUGUUCACCUUCAUAUUUUCUAUCACCAAAAGUUGGUACUGCUCAUAAAGUGCGUCAUGCAGAUAGAACGCUUAGACGUUUGGUAAAGCUUCAACUAAAUAUUUAUUUUGUUCUUUUCAAGCAUCUUGCUAAAUGUUCCAAAACAGUCAGUUUAUUGACAGUAUGAUUGAACAUUUAACAGGUUUUACUCUGGUACUUAGUUUUUUCUUUGUUUUUUUGUGCAUUGCUAAUAUUAAAAUUAUUUAAUGACUCAGGAGAAACAGCAGCUAUAUGAGAGUUGUCACUGAAGAGUGCACAAAUAUUUUGUGGUAAUGGUUGUUCCUUCUAGAUAGAAAAUUUAAUGUGAAUGUCCCACAACCUUUCCCUUUCCCUUAAUUAACCUUUCCCUUAAUUAAAAUCCGUGAAACAAUCCUAUAAAAUCAAAUUGAGGGAAGAAAGGCAGUUACUAAUUCAAGAGUGCAGCAUUGUUAUAUCUGCUAUAUUUGUGCAGCCGAAACCAGCAAAGUUUCCCUUCAGAUAUUCCCAGACAGCUUCCAGUGGCGGUCGGUUGAAUGUUAGAGUUCCAGAGCAGUUUGUUAAACAUGAGAACAACUUCAUCUGAAGGGCAUAAAAUAUUAGAACAUUUUCAACAAGUUCUCCACCCAGGAUAACACCUUAGCAUUACCUUUUGAACUUCAACAAAUUACUCCAAAUAUUAAUAAUUCAGUUCUGGACUAAACAUGUGUCACCAUUCUGAGAAACGGAAAGGAAAGAUUCAGACUCUGCAUCAUCAAAUACUUAAAUUUCACAUGUCUGAUAGCAAUCAGUGAUUAAAAACCAUCUUCAUUGCUAAGUUAGUUUUGACAGCUAGCAACACAGACUGGUGGAAAAUAUGGAAAAACAGUGUAGUGCAAAACUGAAUUUACAGAUCUGAAGGCAGUUCAUCCAAACUAAUGCAAACAUGACUAUUUUAGGACAUGUGUAAACUCAGUGUAAACAUUUUAGAUGGUUGAAUUCCAAUGAAAACUUCUUAAUGAGUUAGAAACAUUGUCCAAUAAAAUGUUGGUGAAGGUGUAAUAGUCUUAAACAUUUGAAGACUAUUACACAUUGCUGUAAGUCCAAUGGACAUACAGCACAUACUGUUAAGUCCAUUGGUUGUGAACUCAGCUCACUUCUUAAACUAUAACCACUCACUAGUGCCGACUAGCAACACAGACAACUGCAAGUGGAAAAAUAAAUGUGGUUUGUGUUCCUCAGAGAACAUGCUGGUACUCUAUAGACACCAGUGGCGUUUCUGUCCAAACAAUAUGGGAGCGAAACUUGAACAGUGUGAUGUUUGGGGCGGGUUUGUCCACUUUUGUAUUAACAAUAAAAGUAGAAGUUGUGUUUAAAACUGAUGGUGCAUUUUGGCACAUCAGAUUGAGCAGUUUGGUGGUCCGUCACUGGUUUGUAGCUCAGUCGGUAGGCUUGAGGAAAUUAGAUGUGGUUAAAGGCUAAAACAAACCAGAACAAGAACAAAAGCUAUAAUUAAGAAAUAUGUGUGUAUGCAUGUGUGUGUGUGUGUGUGUGUGUGUGUGUGUGUGUCCAGUCUUGCCUCAGUAAUAUCUUUGCACUUUCAGAUAGUCUUGUAAAACAUCAGCUGCAUCAGCCGAUUACUUCAGCAAGACCUUUCACUUGGCAAUAUUUGAAAUUAGGCAGCUGGGAGGUGGAACAUUUCUAUGAAGAUUGAUGUUUAUGAUCAAUAAAUUGACUGUGUAACAGAAUAAUUUUUACUCAGUCAUGUGUUGUAAGUUAUGUUGUGGCUUGAAGUACUGUGAGGACAUUGUUCAGGCAGUGAGUUCAGGUGAAGGGCAGAUGAAGUGCCAGACCUAAUUUGUGCUUUGGCAGCUAAAUGAAACAAAGGCUCUGCAAAUUCAUGGAGGGUCAAAGGUUCACAUCUACUGCACUGGUAAUCAAUUGUUUCAGGGCACACAGACAAAGAAACCCCCCUGACUCUCAUAUACAAUUCUAAGUAUUGAGAGAAAAAAGAAAACAGCCUGCUCUAACAUGUUUAAAUCUCUACUUUCUUCUUCUUUUUUUAAGUAAAUGUCCAUCAAAAAAAUCUUACACCUGUUCAAAACUUCCCUAAAAUUACAGACCUAUCCCAUUUUCAAGGAAUACAUUUAGAGGAGCUCAAAAUCCUUUUUCGUUGCAAAUUCUCUUCUGUGCUGGUUCUUCUUUCAGUCAUAUACUCCAAACCUUUUGUUAAAAUCUAAUAGCAGGAAUGUCACAUUAAGCUGCCAUGGUUAAAGCAACUACUUCAGGUUGCUACGGUUAUAGCAACUAAUAUCUGUUCAGCUUCUAAGUGUGCUAAGUUUACAACAAAACAUACCCUGAACUUUGAUUGGCUGAACAAAGCCCAACCACAGCUGAUUGGUUGGAUUUACUGUCACUCACCACAACAGCAGCGCACAAAUUAGAAGUUGCUGUAUGUUUCCUCUUAUCCAGGCAGGGUCAGAUAUAUACAUACAGUUAAGCUAAUAAUAUUUGAUUUAAUAUCCAUUAGUAAAGUACACUUAGACCAGACACUGUGCAUGCCUGGAUUUUCCACCACUCUUCUUGGCAAAAUUGGUAGAAAAGAUAUAAAUUGGUUAGUUUCCUGCCACAGUUCUGGCAUUAACCCACAGGCCAUCAACAAUCUACCAGUUAGAUUUAGGUUAAGUUGAAUCAUUUGGAGGUAAUCCUCCAUCUUCAUUAUUCCACCCAGUGAGGGCAAACCAACUGACGCUCAAUAUAAUCCUACCACCACCAUGCUUGACAGAUGGGACCAGUAGUGUUGCGUUGGAAAGACUCACACCAACAUCUAAUAGCAGCUCAGGCUUUGUCUCACCUGAAUGUAAAACAUUUCUCUAGAAGGUAUUUAGAUUUUCUAUGUGGGCAGUUGCAAGUUUUAGCCCAAAAUGAUGUUGUCUGUUUUGGAACAGUGGCUUUUUUCUUAGAGGGCGCCACAUCAGCCAUGUGUUUGGUUCUGGAUUGGAAAAAGCAGGUUAAAGGUUUGAUUUUGAAGUAUUCUGUGAAGUUAUUAUUGUUAAUGGUAGCCGUGCAUGGCUUCAAAUUACAGUGAGCUUGUUGAGAAGUAAAAGCAUCCUUGGAGGGAAAGCUUGCAAGUUGGAGGUGUGCUGCAUCAUAAGAGAUGUUUAACUUCACAAAGCAGCAAUAAGCACAACAGCUCUAUCUUGUGAAGUGUAGACUAAUAGUACAAUGCUGACACCGACACACUAACAAUGUAACAUUUUUAGUUUGAGAGCUAAAUAGUCAACUAAAACAAAUGAUGAGCUCACAGAUGCCACAGCUAACAUUUUAUUGUCAAUAGUUUCUCUACUGCACGAAGAGAAACUAUUGACAAUAACUUCACAGAAUCUCACUUCAAAAAUGCCAAACCAACCCUUUAACCCCCAGCCCUCACCUGACACUUGCAUACGUUUCCUAUGCUCUUUUUCUACGUUUUCUAUACUCUUCUAUGUAAUAAGUUCCAACAACUGUUUGGCAUUAGAAUAUAGAAUAAUUUAAAAGUUUCUACAAAUAUUUUUUUGGAUGAAUCUUAUGUGAUGAGUUCCAGGUCUUUGACAUUUGAAGGCUUACCUGCCAUCAGCCUCAUCAUUAGUUCCCACCGUCUUGAGUUAGGUCCCACCUUUCUGGGUCACUUCAACGUGUUAGUAACUCCAGUCAGAAGACACAUGCUUGUAAAAUAAGAGAACUUUAAACCUUAUAGCUGCAGUAUGUAACUGUAAUACUUUUUUUUUUGUUUUUUUUUACAUAUUUGUUGGAAAAGUCACUAUGUUGACAGAGUAGGGUAUGUGUAGAAGUUAAGGUCUUCCUCAUCCUCCCAGUGCUUACCAGAAACAACCAAUCAGAGCCAGGAGGAGGGUCUUAUGGUGUGUUCACACCAAAUGCUUCAAAAACGCGUCCAGUGCUUCAAGUUCAACGCGUGUGCACUUUGAAUGCAGACAAUGGUGCAUUCGCACCAUACGCGUUUUGCGUCUUGGUUUACCUUCAAAUUCUUUGUGGAUGAGGGCUAGCUAAUUUUCUGUUGCUGACCCAUUUGUUGGAUGUGUCAAACACUGAAAACACUCCAAACACGCUGCAACAGGCCCUGGACGCGCCAUAGACUCUGAAUGUAAACCAAACACGCAAAGCUUGUUUGGUGUGAACAUACCGUUAGCGCUGUCAAUCAUGCCUUUGCGCCUGCUGCAGCGCAGCUUCUCCUUGUUAGCAUAGCGUGUCUUGAAUGCGAAGGCUAGUUAACAUGGCCACUGAAGACGACGGAUAAAUGGUUUUCCCAUAAUUCCAAGUUGUUUCUCCACCGUCGGCAUGUUUUGCAAUGCGUUUCUGAGGUUGAUUGACAGCGCUAAGUCCCCCCCCCCCCUUCUCUGUUUGGUUGUUUUCUGUCGGGACCGGUGUUCUGCCAUCCUUCAGAUGGAAAAAAUAGCUAAGUGAGGAGAUCGAUUUCUUUAUUUUUUUUUUUUCAGAUUAUCUGUCUCACUGUUCCACAACAUAAUGACAGCUUUAACAAAUAUGUAUAAAACAUUUUUUUAUAAGUUACGCACUGCAGCUUUAAAACAUCUUCAGAUACGAGUAAUUUUGGGUUUAACUGUAUGAGCAUGUACGUAUAAUUGACUCUGUUGAUCAGAAGUAGACAAUAGAUCCUAAUUUGUCGCAUAAUAGCUCAAAAUCAAAGUGGUUUGUUGUAUGUAACACACGCUGAGUUUUAAAAACAUGGUGAGCAGAAACUUGUGACCGUGCUGUUGCUCCGCAGUCGAUCCUUGUGGAGGAAAUAGUUUUAUUUGGAGGCUAAUUUGAGUGAAACUUUAAACACAGGUACAUGACACAGACAUUAUCACUUUUUUAUGAAUGUAAUAAUGUCGGUUCAUCGAUGUACAGAAAUACUAGCUAAAGUUUCCAAUUGCAAGAUGUUUUCACCAGAUUCACCCUGUUACAAUGACCCACUCAAGAUUCUGCAAAAUACUUCUGUUAGGACGUGGACAAUGUCAGGAAUGUGUGUAUGACUGUCAUCGUAACACCAACUUCCCUACAACUCAGGCCUCUUUUCUGGUCCUAGCCCCGUCUGGAUAGCAGCCUCACCCCCCUGAGCCUCCCCACCCCCACCACCCCUCCACCACUAUAAAACAUAGUGAUCUUUUGUGCGUCCCUACUAAAUAUAUGAGCCACUGUGUCAGUUUCAUACAUGUCCUCUGACUACCAAAAAAAUCAUGACAUUGUCUGCUGAUCUCACUGAAGCACUUAGUUGGAUUUUUUGUUUUAACUGUUGUAGAAAAUAAAAUGUCACCUAAUUAUUUUUGAGAAUCUGCUGCUAAAAAUGUGGAAGAGGCAAAGAAAAAAAAGUGAUGACGUUCAGAAGUCGUCUAUACAAACUGCAGCUAUAUUGCAUCUCACUAUUUUCAUAUAGAACACCAAGAGGAAGAAAAAUGAAAUAUAUUCAUUUUCAAGACGUUUAAAAAAAAAUGAGAUGCUUGGUAAAAGAAAUCCAGAGGUGUUUUUAACGAGGACUAUGUUUUGUAAUCAGAUCUAUUUUGCUGACAGAGUGUACAGAUAUGUGCAUGUAUUUUAUUCUGCCUGGGUUCUUUUUGCACAGUUCAAGUUUGGGACUGUAGAACAACAUUUGAAUAUGACAAUCUUUUUGUGGGGCAUUUGAAGUCACAUUUAUAAAUAAAUGUCUUUUUAUACA